AUGUCUAGUGUCUGCGGCGUUGGCAAGGCCCGUUGGUCCCAGGGCGACGAGGGCGAGGAGGCGGUAGAGAUCCGCGUGCCGAUUGUCCUGCCGCCGAGCGUGCGGCCGCGCGACCUCACGGUGGAGGUGAAGGACUCCGCCGUCCUCUGCGUGCGGCACGACGACACCUCCAUCCUGCAGUGGCGCCUCUACGAGCCCGUGGCGGCGGAGGUGGAGUGGCGGGUGGAGGACGAGGGGGGGUUGAUGGUCUUCGACCUGGCGAAGAAGACGCCCACGCUGUGGCCGUGCCUGCUCGACCUGCCGAUGAGCCACUCCGACGACGACAGCCUGUGCGUCUGGGGCGACGAGCUCGACGCCCUCUUCCGCGCGCACCACCCGCCGAUCCCGAUGGACGGUGAGGAGGCCGCGGAGGCGAAGGAGCUCGACGUCGAGAACCUAGACAAGCUGCUGGAGGAGGCCGCGGAGGAGGUGGCACGGCCGGCGCCAAAGACAAACGACAAGGAGUUUAUCCGUGCAGAGCUGGAGAACUACAAGGCGGAGGAGGAGGAAAUUCGGAAGAAGCUGCUGGAGACGCAGACCACUCUGGAGGCCGCCGCCGCCGAAGGGGAGGCGGCGAAGCAGGCGCAAAAUCAAAAGGAGAUUUUGGAGGAAAUGCUACGCCUGCAUAACGUUAUUCGUGAGAAACGUGCAAAGCCGGCAACUUUGACGAAUUUUAUUGAGAUCACGCAGCUGGAUAUCUGCAAGGCCCGCAUCAACGUGGGUGCGAUGACGGAAGAAGAAAAGGAGGAGUACGCCUCCGAUGCUGAGCGCGCCAUGACAGCCCACGAACUCAUGACAACGGGUUUAAUGCACUUUGAACAGCAGGAGGUCCAGGCAGCCUUGCACUUUCUUCGUUUAGCAGCUAUUCACCACAAACACGAGCAGAGCAUCCUUCUUUUGCAUGGCAUCUACGCUCAGCUUCAAUCGCCACGAGGGCCCUUUUUACUCCUUAGGCGUGCCUUGGAUGAUGAAGAUUUCAGUAUUGCCGCUAACCUUAAGCUUGGUGAGCAAUUUGAUACCGGAGCCCGGCAUUUCCUUCCCAUGUUUCCAGCCGCCCUUUACUUUUAUCAGCGUGCGGCGAAGGCGGGCAGUGUUCACGCAAUGCUGGCCAUUGCGCAGCUCUAUCUUCGUGGUUGCACCUCGUCCACGAUGUUGUCCACGGAGCAAAUGGAGCAGCUAAAAAACAUUGGGAAGUACCACGCCUGGAUUGAGCAGGCUAUUGAUCGCGGUUGUGGUUCUGCUUACUUUGUGAAGGGAUGCAUGUACCUGAAGGGCGAGCACGGGUGCAGCAAGUCGUACAAGAUGGCAAAGGAGUUGCUGGAGAAGGCGACCUCGUCUCAACCCGACAUUGCUCGCCGGGCCCCGCAGGUGUACGUGAUGCUGGAGAAGCUACGCCAGGAGGAGGAGGGUGGCUCCGAGAAGCGCGUUGUCGCGUCGCCCUUAACGCUAGCCAAGUCAAGGCAGGAGGGCGCCUACACGGAGGGGGAGGAGGGCAAAGAAAACGAAACCGACGCCAUUCAGGCAAGCGCCUCGCUGGAUCGACUGAGGCGUCUCAGAGACAAACCUGGUGCCCCAGCCUCCAGCAUGCUGCACCCAAAGAAGAUGACGGGGUACUCCGGUAAUUCAAAGGUCUUUUGGGAAAAUACAGUGACCGUCGGUUUGGCGCUCUACGGCCUGUACACGCUGGCCUUCCCUCUGCGUGUGCUGCUCCUCCCCUCGGUGUACACGGUGCUGGAACGCCUGCUCCCGCUCGUCCCGUGGAUGGGCGCCAGCUCACCACCCUUGCAGUUCUAA